AUGCCUUCCUCCGAAGAUCCCAACGCUCACCAUCUUUCGUCACGCAUCAAGAAAUCACACGACGACUACACCACUCGGCUCCGCGAAAUGGAAGACCGCCACAACAACAGCUCCAACAACAACAACAUCGCCACACCCUUGGCGGCUUUUAAACGCUUCAUCGACGACCACAUCUCCACCCUGACCUCCCACCUCGUCAAUCUCCCCUCCAACAUCUCCUCCCUACGAUCCGACAUUCAGGCCGAGAAUGCAGCUCUCGAGCGGGAAUUCCAUACCCGAUGGACGGCAAGUGCGGAGACGGCGGAAGCGUUGGAUUGGGAAAUCUACCGUCUUCCCAGCCGAGCGAAAGAUGACAUCACGCUUGCGACGAGGUGGAUGAUUGAGCAUGCCGCGAGAGAGAAUUCCGAGGUUCCGUGGAGUCGAAUUGCGGCGCUGUAUGCGGAUGGCGAGAGUGCGCAGGCGGGCUGGUUGGAUGGUUUCGGGGGAGGGAAGAGGAUUUCUCCGAGAUGGUUGAGUGUGGAUUGGUUUGCGCGGAGUGCGUAUUCGCCUUUGCGGUUGGAAAUGCAUGAGGAUUUGCAGUGGGAGGGGAAGAAGAAGUGGAGGGCGGSGUUUGAGGAUUUGAUGGCUGCUAGUUUGGGCAAGGAAAUGGUUGCGCAGCAGCAGCAUCGCGAGGUGGAUUGUAGGUCGGGAGUGCAUUGGAUGUUGAGUUUGCAGGAUCGGGGGGUUUUGCCGCCUUUGUUGCCGAUGCUGUAUGAUUCUGUCUUGGGGAGGAGGGAGUGCGAAGGCAUGUCGUUGGGGGAGAUUAUUAAAAUGUGUCAUGGUCCGUGGAGUACUUCUUCUUCGUGGAGGAAGGAGAGGGAUGGAUUCAUGUCGGAUCCCAUGACGCAUGAUUUCACCGAAUUGAGGCGUGCUUUUGCUACGAGGGAAAUUGUGGAGGAUGCGUUGGAUGAGUAUGCGGGGGAUACCGAGCUGGACAUGUACUCCUACCAGGGGAACUCCGCAUUAGAGGAGGAGUAUCAGCAACAGCUCGAGCUGCUUCAAGAACAGAAUAACAGGAGGUUACUCAUGGCCCGAGCUGAAAAAAGGGCUUUGGGGAAUCACGACGAUGAUGAUGAUGCUUGCGAGGAAUACGAUGACCUCGACGACGACGACGACGACGACGACGACGACGACGACGACGACGAUGAUGACAAUUCGUGCCCCUUUGCCAACGAAUACCGCGUCCACGCCCUCGAAGCUCACCAAUGGGACAUGCUCCGCCAAUCCGCCGGAUUCCUCCUCACAGGCGACCGCACCUCGGACUUUGAAUCCGCCGUCUCCGCUCUCGGCGCCGCGCUGCAGCGUUCCGACGCCAACGACGCUGCCAAAAUCUUGAACACGUGGUAUGAACACUACCAAGACCUCAAAAUCGUCGCUCCGGGGAUCGUCGAUGCCACUCCUCAUGUCGACUGGGACAGCGUACGUAAGGCGAUGGAUUGGACUCGCAUUCCUAGUUUGGAAGGAACGGGUAGUAUUGAGGAAUUGAUGAGGACAUUGGGAUGUUUUGAAGGCGAGGGUUUGGGAAGGGAUGAGGGGUUAAGGGGGGAAUUGUAUCGACGAUUGGCGAGGGUUUUGGAGGGGAGUGAUGAGAAGAGAGGGGUGGGUUGGUUGAGGUAUGCGUUUAUGCCGCUGGAGGAAUUAGAGGAGAAUCUCCAGGCGCUGGAACAGCAGCAAAAGGAGAGUCUCCUCGGCGGGAAGCAGGUGUUGAAGACAGAAGAGGUACCAGCGCGGAAUAUUCCUUCACCGAGACCGGAUGUCCUUUCUGCUCUUACUACUACUCACACCACGCGCCUUCCGGAUGGUACUGUUACUACGAAAGUCGUGUUGAAGAAGAGAUUUGUGGAUGGGAGGGAGGAGUGUUCGGAGAGCGUGCAUACUAUUCAUGAGGCUGCUGUUGUUGGGAAGGAAUUGAGGAGGGAGGGGGAGGGGGUCGAAGAGGAUAAGACGAGGAAGAGUCGGGGGUGGUUUUGGACUUGA